ACCAACACAAACCUUAGGGGUAACACCCAGAAAUUUUUGGGCAGAACGACUGUGAGCACACCUCCUUAAGAGUAGUCAAAUGAAUUCUGGAAUUCCAAUACGUGUUGGUGCUGGUCCCAGCACCGAUCGAUGCAAGAUGAGCUAGUCCAAGCGACUCUCUAGAGGUCCUUUAGGAGGGACGGCAUCUCGCUGUUGAAUAUAACUAAAAAGAAUGUUAAGAAAUAUCAUGGAAUUUUGAUAUACCAUUGGACUAAAAAACAUUUUUUCUUUGUUUACAUUUGUGAUGGAAACCGAGAACACAAAUAUCAUAGAAGGUAUAAUGCAAAAGAAUGUCAAUAUUUUACAAACACCUAAUGAACAAUUAAUAAAAAAUGAAACAAUGAUAAAUGAAUCUAUUUUAAAUUGUUUAAAUAAGGAUAAUUCUAUAUUUCAAAUGUUAUGUAAAUGUAUUGCAUUUAGUAGAAUGAUUUAUGAAAUAGAUGAUUGGCAUCAUGCUCAAUAUCAAUGUUGUUUUGGUUAUUUUUAUAUUAAUUGGAAAGGUGAAAAAUAUGCUUUACAAGCUGAAAGCCAUGCAGAAAACUCCAUGAAAUUAUUAUCAUUAUAUUUAAAUUCUACUAGUCAGCAAAUGAAUCAACAGAAUUCUGAUGAUCAUGCUAAUUUACUUAUUCUUUGUAUAGUUUUACUGAAUUAUUAUACAUUAGCAAAAUCAAAAAUAAUUUUAAAAAAGACAAAAGAUGCGUUCAGUUCAAUUAGACAAGCUGAAAAGGCAUUAAAUAAAGUUGAACAGCUGAUUGAUUCAAUUGAAAAAUCUAAAAAUAGUUUAGAAAAUAUUGAUAAUUAUGAAGAUAAUUCCAAACAAUUUGAUAGAUAUUUAGAAAAAUAUUAUCAACAAUGGAAUCAUUGUACUUUAAUGAGAUUAGAUAAAAAUUUUUAUCCAAAUUUGCAAAAUUUAAAAGUUUGCAUUUAUUGUUUGUAUGGAAAAAUUGCAUUUGAAUGUGAGAAAUAUGUUGUAUCUUUUGAUCAAUAUAUGCAAGCAUUGAAAUUCAUAGAGAAGACAUAUGGUCCAGAGAGUAAAGAAACGAUAUCAGUUUAUCACGCACUUGCUCAUAUUGAAUAUCAAAGUAGUGAGGAUGAUAUGGAAAAAUCUAUAGACUAUUUUAAAAAAGCCUAUGAAAUUUCUAACAAAAUUUACUACAAAGAAGAAAGUUUCAGUUCCAUGGUUGACCUUAUUCGUUCAGUUUAUCUACUGUGUACAGUUUACAUGAAACUCAAUUUAAAUUUGGAUGAUACUGAACAUCUCCUUGGUGAAAUGUUACAAAUGUUAAAUACUUAUAAUGAAAAAAACAAUCAAAACUCCAUUGAAUAUCAUGUUGAUAAUAAUUCAAAUGAAUCUGUCGAUCUAAUGAGAAUAAAAACUAGUUCACUAGAUAACGAUAAUCAUCAUAUCAAAUGUCUAACAGAUCAAUGUUUGAAUUCGAUUUAUGAAUACUCUGAUGAAUAUUUUGUAAAUUUAAUUUGUUCAUUACGUUCACUACUAAUAAAAAUUUAUAUAGAAUCAAAUCGUUUCCAAGAAGCCUUAAAAUUAUUAGAAGAAAAUUUAAAUAUUCAAGAAGACACAUUUGGAAUGUACAGUACACAAGUAAUAAAGACAUAUAAACUAAUCUUGUCAAUAAACAUGGUUCAAGAAAAUUUCGCUGAAGCAUUUAAUCAAGCUGAAAUGUGCCUUGACCUUGAACAAUUCACAUUCGGUGCUAAUUCGAAACAAGCAAAGAGAACUAAAGAUAUUUUGAAUGCAUUAUCAAGUUACAAGAAAACUGGAAAUAAAAUCAAUUAAAUCGAAUCAAACUGAUAUAUCUGCAAAUGAGUAAUUAUUUCUCAAUAGUAAACUUAUCUCUGAAGAAGUGGCCUACACUAAGUCACGAAACAUCAGAAAAUCUAAUUUUUCUACUCAUUGGGAUAUUACAAAUAGAUUAAUAUAUUUAUAACUAUCUAUCUGCUUAAUUUAUUCGAAAUUAUCAAGUCAAACCUUGGUAAUGAUACCUGUCUGUAUAUCUGUUUCUUAUCCUAUAUAUAUAUAAAAUAGUUAAAAGAAUUCAUUAAAUUCUAU